AUGUCCGCUCCUAUCGAAAACAGCAAUGCAACGGUUCAGACGGAACCUACCGUUGAAGAGAAGCAGGAGGCCAAAGUUGAAGUCAAGGCCUCACAACUGACACCCGCUCCUCUCCCCACGAAUUCGCCCUGGAAGACAGUGGCGGGCGGAACACCCGCCUCGUUUGGUGGUUCCUCGGGUAAGUGGCCUUCAACCCAAGAGGCUGUGGAACAACUCGAGAGAAGAGAGAGACAAGGUCCUGCUCCUGUUAUCAAAGCCACAGGAAAGGAGAAAUGGGUGCCUAUCAAAGCGUCGAUUGUCGUUUCAGGUUUCAAGAAGCCAAAUAGCAACGCCAACGGUGGCCAAUCCAACAAGAAGCAACCUGCGAAGAAAAACAAGAAAAAUACAACAGGAAACAGAACAAAGAAGCAGCAGUCAAACAAGCAAGAAAAGUCAGAAAGUUCGACUGUCGUUGUCGGCUCCGUAACUGCGGAUGGAGAAUCUUCCAAGGCUGAAGCGCAAGAGCAUGAUGCUUCUGAUGAACAAAAUCGCAAUGGUACUUCUGGAAUUCCUAAAAGAUCUUCAUCUCAAUCACAUCAAAGAAAAUCAUCCCACAACCAAAAUAACUAUGUGCCAAGAAGAAGAUACCAAAACAAUGGUGGUAACCAUGAAAACGGUUCUUUCAAACCAUAUCAACAAUAUGUCAUGUUUCAGCACAAGUCCAACUACGUUCCUUUCCGUCAAUCACAGGUGAACCACCAAUACAAUUCUAGCAACAACCGCCAAAGAUUUUACCAAAGAGGACCUCAAUCACAGACGACCUUUUACUCUCCUCAACCCCCUCAUCCCUUCAUUGCAGUUAACAACAUUGCCAGACAAAUCGAGUACUACUUCAGCACAGAGAAUCUUGUAAAGGACACUUAUUUGAGAUCUCAUUUCACCGAGGAUGGCUACGCUCCUUUAGCAUUAAUCUCUAAGUUUUACAGAAUCGUUAACAUGUCUCUUGGUGGUGACGAGUACUUAAUUAUGGGUGCCUUGCGGGAGAUCGUUGCUAAUGCUAACGCAUCUGUUGAUGUAGCUGAAGUUGAGGAGGAGGUCGAAUCUGCUUUGGAAAGAUAUUACAUCCGCUCAAAGGAAUGGGAGAAAUGGGUUGCCGCUAAUGUUCAAGAAAACAUCGAAGUUCCUAAGUCGGUAGCUUUCAAGUCUAACUUGGACCAAAGGCGCUUGGACCAGUUUCAGGUGGACCCGCUUGUAUUUGAGCCUCCUCAAAAUAAAAUUCAAAACCAGUCUCAUCAAAAAGAGGCUUUUGGUGAUGAUCAAGAAAGUCACGAAGACCAAAACGAAGAUGACAUCCCAAUUGGAGAUUCAGUCCCAGAAAAGGUUGCUGAAUCUGCAGCUUGA